AUGAUCAUUGCCAACCAGAACAUAAAAGGCGAUGCAACGUUAAAAGCCGCGGAGUUGAAAGAGUCCGCUGACUUCCAGCGUGCCCGGUUGACUGAGCUCUAUUCGAAAUUGCAGGAUACAGACCACAACCUUAAAAAAAUAGAAACAGAAAUUAGUAAGAUCAAUCGCCAGUUGACGGAACUUAACGAGAAAAAAGAUCUGUCGACGAGUGAAGUGGUGGUGGCCAUUGAUGUAAAAGAAGCGACGAUGGCGAAUUUCCGGUUAUCGUAUCUCGUCAGGCAAUCCGCCUGGUAUCCGACAUACGAUAUUCGUGUGCAGGACAUCAGCCAGCCGCUGGCUCUGCAAGUGAAAGCAAACAUCAAGCAACAAUCAGGUGAAGAUUGGAAAGAGGUAAAACUGUUCCUGUCAACCGGUAAUCCUGAUGAAAACAGUACAAAGCCAGUUUUGUCACCGUGGUAUCUCCGUUAUUAUUAUCCUGAAGCCAGCAGCCAGAUUCGCAUCCGUGGUGCCUCAGCAAUAGCUUCAUCGUUUGACGGAAGUAAUAGAAUAACCGGCGUAGUACGCAAUCAGCGUGGCGAACCGGUGGAAGUGGUCGUUACAGGUUUAGGCAUCAGCCGUGGAUCAGAGAACUUUUACGAAAGCAGCCCGGCGAUUCGAAAGAAAAAAGAGGAAAACAAUGUAACCACCAGCACCAGCUAUCAACCGACAACCACCAUCUUUGAAAUUGAAAGCCCCUAUAGUGUUCCGGAUGACGGCAAACUUUAUACCGUUGAUAUUAAUAGUUAUGAAUUAACGGCAUUGUAUGAAUAUUAUGCAGCACCCAAACUGGAUCCUAGCGCUUACCUGACGGCUAAAGUGAUCGACUGGCAGGAACUCAAUCUUCUUCCCGGAGAUGCCAAUCUCUUUUUUGAAGGUACUUUCCUGGGCUCUUCCUUUCUUGAUGUAUAUAAUGCCGGUGAUACAUUAAAUCUUUCAUUAGGGAAGGAUAAAGGAGUCGUUGUAAAGAGAACUAUGUUGAAAGAUUACAGCUCAAAAAAAUUCCUUGGGUCGAAUAAAACCGAUAGCAGGCAGUAUGAGAUAUCAAUCCGUAAUAAUAAAUCGCAGCCUGUAAAAGUGAUUGUUGAAGACCAGUUUCCCGUAUCAACGAACAAAGACAUUGAAGUGGAUAAGCUGUCGUACGAUAAUGCCAAACUGGAUGAGGAUACUCGGAAGAUCACCUGGUCAGUGGCAAUCGAAACAAAAAAGGAAAACAAAUUACAGUUCGGUUACGUGGUGAAAUACCCGAGAGACAAA